ACUUUGAAGAAAAAGGCAGAAUAAAAUAAAUAAUAAAAUUUACAAUGCCCAAAACUUCCAUCUACUAUUUAAUCUUCUUUGAUGCCUACUAAGAUAACCCUGACCAUGAUGAGCUUUAUAAGAACACUUCAUCUCAUCUCAGGCUUUAUUCUCACUCCUUCCUUCCUGAAUUUUCCCUCAUUAAUUAUUCAUGAAUAUUACACUAACAAUAAUACUGCAUUUGGUUUCUGUCCGCUUUGGAUAAUGGACAUUGUCAUGAGGCAGCUUUACACAAAUGUGGAUAUUAGAAUUUGAUCAUUAAUGUGGAAGCCGGUAAAAAACAUCUAGUCUGAGGCUGUUUUGACCCUUUUUACGUUUCUGGCUUGAUUGUAAUGGAUGGCUAGUCCAAAGCAACAUUAGAUUAACAUACUAGAAAAAAAUUCUUGAUGAUAGUUUGGUGAAAAAACUCUGCAAUGUGUUAGAAUGAAUGUGUUUGCAGACACCUGACUAUUACGUUUAUGGCAUUUUGUCAGACAUUUUAUAUACAACAGAGCAGUUGAGGGUUAAGGGCCUUGCUCAGGGGCCCUCAGUGGCAGUUUGGUGGACCUGGGAUUCAAACUCACAACCCUCUGGUCAGUCGUCCACCACCUUAAACACUAAGCUACCACAUUCCCCAUACUGGGACCAUAAUAUCCUAUGAGGCUUUUCCCCAAACUGUUACCACAAACUUGGCAGCACACAGUUGUAUAGUAUGUCUUUGUAUCAUGUGUAACUUCACUUCAGUGGAACUCAGAGUCCAGACCUUGCUCCAGCAUGACCAUAUCCCUGUGCACAAAGCAGGAGUGAAGAACUGGAGUGUCCUGCACAGAGCCCUGACUCUGACUCUGACUCAACCCCACUGAACACUGACUGAACCUCAGACCUCCUGAUGCUCACCAACACCAGAGUCUGAUCUCACUAAUGCUCUUGUAGCUGAUCACUAAUCCCCACAGACACAAUCGCAAACUUGCAGGACUAUCUUGGUGCCAGGUCCCACAGUACACCUUCAGGGAUUUUGUGGAGUCCAUACCUCGACGGGUCAGGUCUGUUUUGGCAGCAAAAGGAGGACCGACAGAAUAUUAGGCAGGCGGUCAUAAUGUUAUGGAUGAUCAGUGUGUUUUCAAUACUAACAUUCAGCUUAAAUCUAGAAAAUAUAAUCACACUACCCCAGCCUGAAUCUGUCUCAGAUCAUUAUCUUGUUUAAAAUGUGUCUUAAUCAUGAGAUGCCACACUACCAUGUAAAACAUACUCUCCUGUCACAGUCAGACUACAGGCCAAUGUCAAACCUCCCCUUUAUCUUUAAAAUGCUAGAAAAGGUAAUAACACAACAGUGAGCCUCAUGCAUGCAUAGAAAUUACAGAAAUGAAAUCUAUCACCCAAAAUGUAGGCCUCAUUACAGUGGAGACAGUGAUGGUCAAAGUGGUGAAUUCCCUAAGACUGGCCUUUGAUCAGGGUUGUGUCCGUUAGUGCAGCUUUUGACGCUAUAGAUAACUUUCCCCCUGCUGUAUUUCCUCAGCAGGGAUAUGAUAUAUAGGAGCCAUAACACUGAUACCUGCUUGCUGUCUGGAAUAAAACGUCUACUUUGUUAAAGGUGUCGCUGUGAGCGUCUAGGUGUCGUUCCUCCACACAUGCAGAGAAACAGAGGAAGACGUGCGGCAGUGUUGGUGAUUGAUGAUCUGAUCUCUCCGACUCUACUAAUCAUCUUUACAUUCCAAUAUUUCUGACAGGGUUUUACCCCCACACUUCCAUCUGAUCCGUUGUGGGGGGAUUUGAGCUGCUUAACUGCCUUCUGCUGGAAACAUCAAGAUUUGAGUGGUUGGUCUUCUUCCCAACACAUCUUCCAGCUAGGAUGAAGUCAAAUGAGAUGAAGUGUGAGAGUCUGGAUCCCACCGAGAGCUCCAGUGGUCACCAGAGUUCAUCUCGUUCUGUCCACACUAGCCCUCCUGAUGGACGAGUGCCGACAGAAGUGUACCACUGCUCACAGUGUGGGAAGCGUUUCGGUAAGAAGACCAAUCUGAAACAACACCAGCGCAUUCAUACGGGAGAGAAGCCGUAUCCGUGUUCAUACUGUGAGAUGAGGUUCACGCAGAGGGGGAAUCUCCAACAACACCAGCGCAUUCAUAAAGGAGAAAAGCUGCAUCAUUGCUCACAGUGCGGGAAGAACUUCACUCAGAAGGGUCAUCUCCAGAGACACCAGCGCAUCCACACAGGAGAGAAGCCGUAUCGGUGUCCGCAGUGUGGGAAGAGUUUUACUGAGAACAAUAAGCUCAUGAAACACCAGCGCGUCCAUUCGGGAGAGAAGCCGUACCGCUGCUCGGACUGCGGCAUGAGUUUUACUGAAAAGAGUAAUCUGCAGCUACACCUUCUCAUUCACACAGGAGAUAAACCCUAUUACUGCCUGGAGUGUGGGAAGAGUUAUACGCAGAAGACCGCCCUCCGAGUACACCAGCGCAUUCACACCGGACAAAAGCCUUAUUUCUGUUCUCAGUGUGGGAAGAGCUUCACUACACACAGCAGUUUCCAGCAACAUCAGCGUGUUCACACUGGAGAGAAACCGUAUCAGUGCUCGCAGUGUGAGCGGAGAUUCAGUAACCAGAGUAACCUCAGAAGACACCAGCGCACUCACACGGGACAGAAGACCCAUCGGUGCUCCGAGUGUGAGAAGAGUUUUAGUAACCAGAGUAACCUACAGAGACACAAACACGUUCACAGAACCCAAGACAUGCUGCGCUUCCGAAAUUAACUCAUUCUGUUCCACAGGAUUAUUUAGGAUCGUUUGAAGUACUUUAUAUACUCUGGGAGUAAGUUCUUUGCUCUUAUUCACUGUUUCACUCCUGUUUGAUGUAUAAAGUAUAGAAGGCGUCAUCAGAAUCACAUCAAUACUUCAGAAUUUGCAAGAAAAUGGUCUGAAUAAUUCCUAUACUUUUGGAUGAGCAUAAACGAAAAGAUCACAGUAAUUAGAAUGACAGAAUUUAAGCCAGAGUGUGAAAUCCCUGGUCAUGUUGGUCAAUAAAAUUACAACUCUAACACUACAAUAAUUUUUAUUAAUGGAACAAUAAACACUUUUAUGUUUUAUCCAAAUGUCAGAUAAACAUGAAUAAUUGUUUUGUGGU